GUUUUUCCAUUGCAAACGCUUACAUACUAUAUUAGAAUUGGCGCAGCAAAGCAUGUAUGAAAGCAUAUUGUUGUUUUUUUUUUCAUUCCUCUUAAUUAAAACACAAAUUAUUAUUAUUAUUGUAAUGAUUUAUUUAUUUGGUUAAAAACAAAAAGCUCACAAAAGGUGGAGAUCUGUGUUUUUCACUGCAUUAUCAGAAUUCAGUUACCUCGCUGCAAGAUUUUUUUUUUAACACACUUACUGUAUGUAAAAAGUAAAAAAAAAAAAACAUUUACUAAGUGAUAUUUUUCAAAUACUUUAUUCAUAUCUAGCCAUCUUAUUUAAUUAUUACAUAAUUUGUAUAGCCAUCUUAUUUAUUAUUACAUAAUUUGUAUUUGUUGUUUUAACCUAUAAAUAUGUCUCCUCAAAAAUACAUUUAAAAAAUAUACAAACCCCAUUUCCAUAUGAGUUGGGAAAUGGUGUUAGAUGUAAAUAUAAACGGAAUACAAUGAUUUGCAAAUCAUUUUCAACCCAUAUUCAAAUGAAUGCACUACAAAGAAAAGAUAUUUGAUGUUAAAACUGAUAAACAUUUUUUUUUUUUGCAAAUAAUCAUUAACUUUAGAAUUUGAUGCCAGCAACACGUGACAAAGAAGUUGAGAAAGGUGGCAAUAAAUACUGAUAAAGUUGAGGAAUGCUCAUCAAACACUUAUUUGAAACAUCCCAAAGGUGUCCAGGCUAAUUGGGAACAGGUGGGUGCCCUGAUUGGGUAUAAAAACAGCUUCCAUGAAAUGCUAAGUCAUUCACAAACAAGGAUGGGGGGAGGGUCACCAAUUUGUAAGCAAAAUGUCGAACAGUUUUAGAACAACAUUUCUCAAUGAGCUAUUGCAAGGAAUUUAGGGAUUUUACCAUCUACAGUCCGUAAAAUCAUCAAAAAGGUCAGAGAAUCUGUAGAAAUCACUGCACGUAAGCCAUGAUAUUACGGACUUUUGAUCCCUCAUGCAGUACUGCAUCAAAAACUGACAUCCGUGUUUAAAGAAUAUCACCACAUGGGCUCAGGAACACUUCAUAAAAUCACUGUCAGUAACUACAGUUGGUCGCUACAUCUGUAAGUGCAAGUUAAAACUCUACUAUGGAAAGCGAAAGCCAUUUAUCAACAACACCCAGGAACGCCGCCGGCUUCGCUGGGCCCGAGAUCAUCUAAGAUGGACUGAUUGCAAAGUGGAAAAGUGUUCUGUGGUCUGACGAGUCCACAUUUCAAAUUAGAUUUGGAAACUGUGGACGUGGUGUCCUCCGCAACAAAGAGGAAAAUAACCAUCCGGAUUGUUAUAGGCGCAAAGUUCAAAAGCCAGCAUCUGUGAUGGUAAGGGGGUGUAUUAGUGCUUAAGGCAUGGGUAACUUACACAUCUGUGAAGGCACCAUUAAUGCUGAAUGGUCCAUUCAGGUUUUGGAGCAACAUAUGUUGUCAUCCAAGCAACGUUAUCAUGGACGCCCCUGCUUAUUUCAGCAAAAAAUGCCAAGCCACGUGUUACAACAGCGUGGCUUCGUAGUAAAAGAGUGUGGGUACUUUCCUGGCCCGCCUGCAGUCCAGAAAUGUGUCUCCCAUCGAAAAUGUGUUGCGCAUUAUGAAGCCUAAAAUACGACAACAAGACUCCAGACUGUUGAACAACUUAAGCUGUACAUAAAACAAGAAUGGGAAAGAAUUCCACUUUCAAAGCUUCAACAAAUAGUUUUCUCAGUUCCCAAACGUUUAUUGAGUAUUGUCAAAAGAAAAUGUGAUGUAACACAGUGGUGAACAUGCUUUUACUUUGGCACGCGUUGCAGCCUUGAAAUUCUAAGUUAAUUAUUAUUUGCAAAAAAAAAAUGAAGUUUAUGAGUUUGAACAUCAAAUAUCUUGUCUUUGUAGUACAUUCAACUGAAUAUGUGUUGAAAAGGAUUUGCAAAUCAUUGUAUUCCGUUUAUAUUUACAUCUAACACAAUUUUUCAACUCUAAUGGAAAAGGGGUAUGUAUAUAUUUUAAACUUUUUUCAUACAUGUUAGAUCAUUAUUGUGUUUAGUGAGCCUAUUUAUAUAUACAUAUAACAAUGUGUCAUUUCUAAAAGAGAAAAAUGUGUAUGAUUUAGAGAAAAGUAUGUGGUGUGCAGAGAAAUAUGAGUCUUGUAUUGUAGGUUCCCGAUUUUCUAAAUAGAAGAUAAAUUAACCAUACUUUGAGCCUCAAUGUGUCAUUUGUAACCGCAUUAAAGAGGCCAAUGAGAAGAGGUAAGACUUAUAAAGUGAUGAUAUUACGACAAUGAUGCUAUUGUGCCGCUGCGAAAGACCGGGUCGUGCCCCCCACUCUCGCACAGAGCGUCUUGUAACCUGCAGCGUGACACAUUUAGCUUGUAAUCCAGGUAGUGGUGCCCUGUGACACCAGUGCGAGAAACAAUGAAAUACUAAAGAAACAAAAGAGCGCAUGUUUUAGCCUGAGAUUGAAAAGAGACGACAACAUUGUGUAAUCCCUUUGGCUAGAGUUGCUGACAGGGGACAACCCUUUAAAAUGGCCUCCCUCUCCUGUCCUGUCCUGUCCUGUCCUGUCCGGUCCCCCCGCCCCUCUUGUCCAGCCCCUGUCUUUCUUCUCCACACAGGCCGACUGACUGCCCUAAAGACACCUGCUCUCACUAACAGAGAAGAACCGUCACCUUUGGAUCAUCAGCCGGCCUUCUGUCGUCCUCUCUGAAGUAGGACAGCGCUCCCCACGGGAUAAAAGGUAUACAACGAACUAGUAUACUAUAUUUAACAAUUUAGUGUACGAGAAGACCUCCUGCAGCUCCAUCACCUCUGAACCGACAAGAAAGCCCAGCAGUUGUAUCAUGAUCGAGGGGGAACGAGAGCUGUCGGCUAUGGUGCAGGAACUAUGGGACAAUGACGUCAACCGACUACGACCUGGGAAGGACUACAGGAUCUCCCUGCAGGGGAAAGCUGGAGACAACAUGGCCAUUAACGACGACGACAAUGACGGAGCAGGAUAUCCUCUGUUUAAGUUUGUCGACGAGAAUAUUUUCCAAAAGGAAACUUUUUUAGCUUUUAUCUCCUUGUUGGAUAACUACGUAAGUGACACCGGAGAGCCAGAAGUUGUGACUGCAGAAGAGGUGGCAGAGAACCACAAGUUCCUGGACUCCAUUGUUCAGACUCCCACUAUGAAGAUAGCUCACAAAUACCUGGUGGAGAAGCAGCUCUCUCCACAAGAUACGACGCAGUUUAAAGAGCAGCUCUACAGGAUCUGGUUUGAACUCUACGCGAGGAGAGGAUCCAGCAGCAGGCCGGACUCCUCGGGUUUUGAACACGUAUUUGUUGGAGAAACCAGAGGAGGGAGGACGGUCAUCGGCUUUCACAACUGGAUCCAGCUCUAUCUGCAAGAAAAGCUGGGACACAUUGACUACAAAGGAUACAGCGUCAAUGCAAACUCACCCAAGCCUGAUGAAAACAAGCACAUUUUGGCUCUGCAGUUCAGCUGGAAGAAUGGCAUCAAGCCCAAAGGCAGCAUCUUCAUCGGCGUCAGUCCAGAGUUUGAGUUCGCUUUGUACACUUUGUGUUUCCUCUCCUCACCCAACGAGCGCGUCAAAGUCCAGUUCAGUUUCUAUGAUGUGGAGAUUGUCUGCCACCACUACAACCAAAAGCACAUUGGGACCACUUACCCUGUGCUCCUUAAGUACCACAACCACACUUAGGCUGUCCAUUUAUAGCAUGCAAAGAUGUGCAGGUACUGUUGUCUUUUUAUUUUACAUGAAGAUGCAAUAAAACCUUACAAUACCUCAUUA